ACAGAACUGAUUUACACGACGAGAGCUAUAUGGCGUCCCAUCAAUAGUAAACAUAAUAAUUAUCUUAAAGCACACAGUAACAAUACUAACUUCGCUAUAUCUGAAGAUAACGAAAGGAACAUGUUAAACACAAGAAUAGUAGACACUAAGCAUGGCAUCACAGAAGAUUACAGAGGAUCCACAUCGUUGUCUUUCAGACGAAAAGAUUUGAGAGGGCAUGUGCUUACAAUGGGUAAUGUGAUCACCGACAGUAAUGAAACGAGAGAACAUUUAGACGAUAGAUUGUUACUUCAUCAAGAUUUGAUAGCGAAAAUAUCAUACGUUAUUGUGAAGAUAUGCUUUCAGGCGCUUAACGUUACAGAACGACUUAUUUAUACCUCCUCUUGGGGAUAUAAAGAUAAAAAUGGCAACUUUAAUGGACUCGUCGAAUCUUUACGGAUAAAAGAUGCAGAUUUAGGUACUAUGGCAUUGCUUACUGCAGAUCGCUUGGAAGUUAUCGACUACAUAGCCAUGGUGGGAUCAACAGGCGUCAAGUUUGUCUUCCGGAAACCUCCUCUCUCGAAUGUCUCCAACAUCUUCACACUACCUUUCACGAUGGAUGUUUGGCUGGCCAUUUUAGUUUGUGUUUUGGGAUGUGCCCUGUUUUUAUACAUUACUUCUAAAUGGGAAGCCACGAUGUCUCUGAACCAAUUUCAACUGGACGGCUCGUGGGCUGAUGUCCUGAUAUUAAUCAUAGGAGCAGUUUUACAACAAGGCUGCACUCUGGAACCACGAUACGCUUCUGGUAGAGCUGUAACUCUCUUACUUUUCAUAGCUCUGACAAUCCUGUACGCAGCGUAUUCAGCUAACAUUGUGGUACUGCUGAGAGCCCCCAGUUCCUCAGUGAGAACUUUAUCUGACCUUCUCAACUCGCCUAUUGAACUAGGAGCUAGUGAUGUUGUAUAUAAUAGAUAUUUCUUAAAACAAUUGAACGACUCGCUACGGAAAGCUAUAUACGAUACAAAAAUAGCGCCUAAAGGGAAGAAACCUAAUUUUUACAAUAUGGAAGAUGGAGUAGAGAAAAUUAGAAAGGGUCUCUUCGCAUUUCACGUAGAAGUAAAUCCAGGGUACCGUUUGAUACAAGAGACGUUUCAAGAGAACGAGAAAUGUGAUUUGAUGGAGAUAAACUAUUUUAAUUUAAUAGAUCCUUGGCUGACCGGCCAGAAGAAGUCUCCUUUCAAAGACUUGUUCAAAAUCAACUUUAUAAGGAUUCGCGAAACGGGUAUCCAAUCCAAUAAUCACCAGCGUCUAGUUAUACCCCGACCGCGCUGUUCCGGCCAAGUGGCCACGUUUAGCAGUAUUGGCAUCGGUGAUAUGUACCCCGCUAUGUUGGCCACACUGUAUGGCAUGCUGAUGGCGCCCGCUGUGCUCUUAGUGGAGAUUGCUUAUUGCAAAUUGAUGAAAGCAAGAAAACAAAGAAAGCUUAAAACGAUUUAUCCCGAGAACAAUUAUAUUGAUCUUGAAUAAGUUACAUUAUCACUAUUUUAAAAUAUAAUUAGAACUAUUGUUAUAGUAUUAGAUGGUAGUUGCAACGGCAGAGCAAUCAAAUUGACACAAUUAGUUCAACAGUCAACUGCCAUCCCUCGUAUAAAUACAAAUGAAUUCUCUCUCUAUAAAAAAUUUGUAAAAUAAUAUUAUGUAUUCACACUUUAGUAGAUGUACAUUUAAGUAACGAGUUUCUAAUAUUAGACUAAUACAAUCUGUUAUAAAAACAAAAUAUUACUGUACAGUUUGUAUAGAUUUAAUAAACCAAAAUAAGUAUCUAACGUAUCCAGACGUGUAGGCAUACUUCAUUCAUUUGUUAUUAUUAUAUAAAUGACGGUUGAUAUUUCUACAACAAACCACUCGUCGUCAAGUCGUUAAUGGACAUCAAUAUGUAUAGAACAGUGAUAUUAUUACUAAUGAUACAUCUUGUUCAGUAUAGAAAUGAAACUGUGAUUAAUUUCGUAAGAAAUGUUAUCGAAAACGAGCAGAAACCAACAGAUUUGGUUCUCAGCGGAUUAUGUCGGGAGAAACGUAUGUUACUUAAGUAUUCAACAAGUUUAAUGAAUUAGAUAGGUAUAGAGACAUAGGAACUUUAUUUAUUACGGAAAUAAUUCCUAUGGCCAGUUCAAAACUGGCUAGCAUGUGUGACUUACCUACAUAAAAAAGAAGCAGGCGAAUUUGGGAGCCUCCUAGAGAACACAACCGUGCAAAUACAGCUGCUUCACGGCAGUAGUGCAGAGAUACCCAUGAAGACGACUUUAAUUAUAUACCUACUCUUUAUUGCAAUAAAACAUACAGUAAUAAUAACAAAUUAGUAACAAAGUCAGCAAAGGCGAACUUAUUUCUAAAAGAGAUUUCUUCCAGUCAACCUAACACAAGGGCAUAGAGAGUAUGAGUAGGCAGUAGGAGUAUAUACGUGUCAUACAUA